AUGAAGCAGGCAAUGACCGGCCUCAUGGACCUCUCCCACGAAAAGGUAGAGCCCCCGAAACUCCCUCGCGAUUUCGCCACCAAAUGGGCUUAUGCUGAUGCUGAUCCACUGCACGGAGGAGUAAUGGAUGGUACUGUUAUAUUGGCUUCUGGAUAUACUGCUGAUCAGCCAUACCAACAGUGGUUCAUUUCACAGAAGAAUGUCUACCCAUUUACUGGUCACUCCUUGCCCCAAUCACUCACUGUUCCCAACCACACCAACAGUGAUUCAUUUCACAGAAGAAUGGUUACUGAUGAGUCAAUGACUGGCCUUAUUAACCACUCACACAAGAAAGUGGAGCCCAUAAGACUCCCUCAUGAGUCUCUUAAUCAAUCAUACGAGCAGUGGUGCAUUUCACAGAAAGAUAACUGUCUGCCUAAUGAGGUUGCGGUCAAGUGGUCUCUUGAUGAUGACGAUGGAAUUCCGUAUCCUUUGUAUGCUGAAUUUUGUGGGGAGACCAUCUCAUCGUCGGAGAGAAGGGAGUGGACUGAUGUGAAACUUGUCCGGAAAUUGCGAGGAUUGCGCCAGCAAGAGAGGCUGGCCUCUCGUAAUCACUUUAAGCUACGGCUUACUUGGCCAGGGACCCGGCGCAAGUCCAGUUCACUCUUCAUGGUGGCGAUGAACAAAUUAAAUAAUGAGAAGCAAAAGAAUGAGUAUAGCGAGGGUUGUGAAGUUCCCGAGUACCUCCUCUGUCCCUUAUCCUGUGAGCUGAUGGUGGACCCUGUCACAAUAGCUACAGGAAAGACGUUUGAGCGACGUGUUCUCAAAGAUUGGUUCAAGAAGAACGGGCAUAUUUGUCCCGUGACCGGUGAGCUCGUCUCAAGUACUAUUCUUCGAAAUGAUCGUGUGAAAGGAUAUUUGGAAGAAUGGGCAGAAGCGAGAGCUGAGGGAACCACAAAGUUCAGGGACGGCAAUAAGUAA